AUGCAUGUAUUCCCGCAGCAUAUAAUUGAAUCUGCCCCAACAAAUUACACCGCAUUCUCGAAGCGGGCGAUACUGGCGAUGAGAAACGAUACAGUCGCUGAGUUCAAUGAUAGGGUUCUACAGCAAAUUCAAGGCGAGGUGCACAUGUACUAUUCGGUAGAUACUGUUGACAGCGGGAAUUCAGAAGAGAAUGCAAACCUGCUACCUCCAGAAUAUCUGCAGGGUCUCAAUCCGUCUGGCCUCCCACCGUCUAUCAUCAAACUAAAGGUGGGAGCACCAAUAAUUCUUCUACGCAAUCUAUUUCCAAAGCAAGGUCUCUGCAAUGGAACACGAAUGACGGUAACUAAACUGGAUGUACGGUGUAUCGAAGCCAAGAUUCUGGGUGGUGAGUUUGAUGGGGAGCCAAAGGUUAUACCACGUAUACAGCUUUCAUCCACUGAGGGAGAUCUACCUUUCACAUUAAUGAGAAGGCAGUUGCCUAUUCGGCUAUGCUUUGCGAUGACCGUCAAUAAAUCGCAGGGUCAAUCACUGGAUAUUGUUGGGGUUGACUUGAGGUCUGAUCCCUUCACUCACGGGCAGCUCUAUGUAGCGCUCUCGAGAGUCACAGAUGUAGCUGGCUUGAUGGUGCUGCAACGAGAUGAGACACCGCCGCAAACGGACAACAUUGUAUACCGUGAAGUGCUGCUGAUUUACGCUGGAGCCGGUUGGAGGACUCGGGGGUAUAUGAUUGGAGGAGGUAGACGGUGGAUUUCUGAAUGGAUGGGAAGGGGGGUCGGUUACGGUAUUGGUUGUGGGAUGGGGAAAUGGAAGAAGCCGGAGGACUGGGUAUCGAAUGGUAGAACAAAUUCGGGAAGUGGUGGAAAGGAUGAGGGCAUGGAGUAA